UGUGUGCAAUAGUUGUAAUGUAAUGAGCUGUAGCUCACAAAAGCUCAUGCUCAAAUAAAUUUGUUAGUCUCGAAGGUGCCACAAGAACUCCUUUUCUUUUUGUGAAUACAGACACCACACGGCUGCUACUCUUAAACAUAAACUGUCAAGGGGAAUGUCUUACUGCCUCAAGUCAGAAAGCCUUUUGGAUACAGGCCCAAUAUAUGUGCGUGAAAAUGGGCACCUGUACAUGGUAAAUCAGGGUUCUGGAACUGUAAAGAAUGCCACUCCAAAACCAAGGCCUUUUAGACUGUUUUCCAAAGGAUUCUCUGUGGAGCUUUGUAUGAACAGAGAAGAUGACAGCGCAAGGAGAGAGAGAACAGAUCAUUUCAUCUUUACUUAUACUAAGGAGGGCAAUCUCCGGUACUCAGCCAAGUCUCUCUUCGGUCUAGUGUUGGGUUACAUUUCUGACAAUGUUGAUCAUAUUGAUUCGUUGAUUGGCUUUCCAGAGCAGAUUGCUGAAAAGCUUUUUUCUGCUGCAGAAGCAAGGCAAAAGUUUACAGAACCAGUUACAGGACUUAGAGCACUACAAAAAUUUACUGAGGCUUAUGGAAGUCUGGUGCUUUGUUCAUUAUGUUUACAGAAUAGAUAUCUGGUUAUUUCUGAAAAACUUGAAGAAAUUAAGUCUUUCAGGGAGCUGACCUGCUUGGAUCUUUCCUGUUGUAAACUUGGAGAUAACCAUGAAUUGCUAGAACAUAUCACCAAAGAAGCUCUGUCUAGUGUAACUCGGCUCCUCCUGAAGGAUAAUUGUUUGUCAGAUGCAGGCCUUCGCAAAAUGACAGCGCCAGUUCGAGUGAUGAAAAGGGGACUUGAAAAUCUGUCUGUAUUAGAUUUGUCUUGUAACCCUGAAAUCACUGAUAUGGGAAUUGGGUACCUUUUUUCUUUCAAGAAGCUGAAUUAUUUGGAUAUUUCUGAAACCGGUCUCAAGGAUGUUAAGGCAGUCAUUCAGAGGCUCCAGACCCAAAUAAGCUUAGUUCAUUCAAAAGUGCCUCUGAAAGAAUUUGAUCAUAGUAACUGCAAAACAGAGGGAUGGGCAGAGCAGACAGUGUUGCAGUGGGAGCAGUUAGCUAUGAAAACCGUCAAGCCCAAGGAAAACUUGAAGUCCAGAACAGCAGCUCAACACUUCUAUGGAAAGAGAUGCAGGAUAGAAGAACCAGUCAAGUGCACAUUGGUGCAGACUAAAGCAAAAGCUUCUGAAAACUUGCAGUUCUACAAGGAUAAAGUACAAAAUUGCCAUUUCCCUUUAUUGAAAAAGGAGGCUGCAGCUAGCCACCAAUUAAAGAAAAAUAAAGAGAAAGGUUUAACUGAACAAGAGAAAGAACGAACUUCAAAGCAGACACACACGUGCCUGACCAUGGAAGAUUGGGACUUGUUGAAUACCUAUUGAUUCAGAAAGAUUUCCCUUUUUUCCUGGUGGUAAAGUUGUUAGAAGUAUCAAUAUGAAUUUGUGUAUGGAGAAAGGAGACAGAUAUUUUUUAAACAGCAGUAGCAUAGCAGCAAAUUAUAGCUACUUGUGUUGGGAGAGGGGAGUGCUAGACCCAAGAGGUGGAGAGAUGAUCAUUCUAAUGUAUAUUUUCUAUACAUAAUAAUUUUUUCAAAUAAAUUUUGUCAUCCUUAACUAAUGCCUGUGACAUGCAUAACACAUUGAGGGAAAUGGUUCCCCUUAAGUCUUGCUCCGUACAGCAUCCCCAGUGGCAGAAACUCAUUAUCACUUAGCCUGACUGCCUCUCUUCUGCUCAGUAGCACUCUACAUAACACCAGUUGUAGAACUUGAAACUUACUUGGGUUGAGAGAUUCUAGUUAGUCAGGUCCUUUUGCUAGUGUGAAAGCAUUGUGGACGUCAGAGUUUGAAGUCAUCAAUAUGGUAGCAAGUAUGAGUCUGACUAAUCUAUGUCUGUAAAAUGUCAUUUGAUUGUAUAAAUCCUUAUCUAGGUAGUACAUACACCUCACCCUGUGAGCUGUACCCAAAAUGCUGUGGAUAGAGCCUAACAAAGAAAGGAGAAUAAAUUUAUGGGAGGGGUGAGAUAUAAAGUUAAGUAACAGCUAAUUUCUGGCAGACAAUUACUUUGGAAUCAAAAUUGUAACAUGGAAAUGGGGAAAAUAUUGCAGUUUGGUGAAUUUCAAGAUUAAACUCUACAUUUUACUCUGA